AUGCGCGCCAGUCCGUGCUCCGUAAACAAGGCGAUUGUCGCGCUGUGGAAACCAGGCCGCGCCGCCCCGGGCACACGCGUGCCUGACCGGGCCGGCGCGACGCGGUCACCGUGUCGGCGCGUGUCCCGUCCUGGCCUGUGGGUCGGCCGCGCUGGCUUCCGCGACCACGUGCCCACCGGUGACGUCACGGUUUCGCCAUUCACCGACCCGCGACCAGAGCACCGGCCGCUGCCCGCACGAGCAAGGCCGCUGCGCAAGCAGUGCCAGCCACAAAGGAACCAACCACCACGAGCUGGCUGCAGGCAGCCUGUGUGCAGCCGGUGGCGCGACGUGCUGUACCGGUCUGCGCGCUACUGGAGCGGCCUGGUGCCGGUGCUGCGGUGCCGCGAGCUGCGCGCCGCGCUGCCGGGCGAGCGGGCGCGGCUGUACGCGUCGCUGCUGCGGCGCGGCUUCCACUCGCUGGCGCUGCUCGGCGCCGCCGACGAGGACGCGCUCGACCUGGUGCACGCCUUCCCCGCCGCCAGCAAGCACGUGCACUCGCUCAGCCUGCGCUGCUGCAGCAUCAGCGACCGCGGCCUCGAGGCGCUGCUCGACCACCUGCAGGCGCUGUUCGAGCUGGAGCUGGCGGGCUGCAACGAGGUGACGGAGGCGGGCCUGUGGGCGUGCCUGACGCCGCGCAUCGUCUCGCUGACGCUGUCCGACUGCAUCAACGUGGCCGACGAGGCGGUGGGCGCCGUGGCGCAGCUGCUGCCCUCGCUGUACGAGUUCUCGCUGCAGGCCUACCACGUCACCGACGCCGCGCUCGGCUACUUCUCGCCCAAGCAGAGCGGCUCGCUCUCCAUCCUGCGCCUGCACAGCUGUUGGGAGCUCACCAACCACGGCAUCGUCAACAUCGUGCACUCGCUGCCUAACCUGACGGUGCUGAGCCUGUCGGGCUGCAGCAAGAUCACGGACGACGGGGUGGAGCUAAUCGCCGAGAACCUGGGCAAGCUGCGCUCGCUCGACCUGUCGUGGUGCCCGCGCAUCACGGACGCCGCUCUCGAGUACAUCGCCUGCGACCUCAACCAGCUGGAGGAGCUCACGCUAGACCGGUGCGUGCACAUCACGGACAUCGGCGUCGGCUACGUGUCCACGAUGCUGUCGCUGUCGGCACUGUUCCUGCGCUGGUGCUCACAGCUGCGGGACUUCGGCCUGCAGCACCUGUGCGGCAUGCGCAACCUGCAGGUGCUCUCUCUGGCAGGUUGUCCACUGCUUACGUCCAGUGGUCUGUCCAGUCUCAUACAGCUACGGCACUUACAAGAACUUGAAUUAACCAACUGUCCAGGAGCAUCCAAGGAAUUGUUUGAAUAUCUCAGAGAACACUUACCUCAUUGUUUAGUAAUAGAAUAAUGAAGGUAAUUUAUUUUUAAAACUGUUCCUGACAUCAGGCAGAAGAAUUAGUGAUUGAAAUUACUUGAACCCAACAGAAAUUCACAGAAGAUAUAUAACAAAUGUGCCUGUGCAGUGGUUUCAUUUCAGAGUAUGAUUCAAAGGCAUACUGAGUAAAUGUGCUGUUCAGGAGCAGUAUUUUGAAGUAAAUAGUGUGUUUAAACAUUGCCAUCAUUCCAACCCAGCUUGCAAAAAUUCAGUCCUUUAUAAUAAAAGCUUACAUAAGGGGGCUUUUAAUAUUAACUCCUCAUCUCACAAAGACUGAAAUUUGUUUUAGUGACUGACAUGUUGAUUCAUAUUUGUAAGCUGUUAAAUGCACUGCAAUCCCUCUAAGUAGAACUACAGACUGACACUCCCCAAUAGAAUUAUAAUGAUGCUGAUAAAUAAAAACCAAAUGUUGCAGAAUGCUACAAAAUUUAGUGAUUACAUUCAGUGUAGGAGCAAUAUAAAGUAUUCAUUAAGAAAGCUCGCUGCUACACAUUUGAGAAAAAGUGCAAUAAUUUCCAGAUGGCUAUAGGAAUCUACAAACUAUUUUUAACAAGAUUAGUUACAUUAAUUUUACAACUAAAUAGUUUGGUAGUAUUAUGGCAAUACCUAGUAACAUGCCAACAAUUCACAGGAAACUGGUAAUGGUUAAUUUUUCCUACGGUUUCCAAAGUAAACAAAAUAUAUCACUGGUUCAAUAUUGAAACCUGUACACAGAGAGAGGAAAACAUGGAAUUUCACCUUAGUCUUGAACUGUAAUUGCACCAAAACAUAGCAAGAUUUCUAAAGCAAUAGCUUUGAAUCACAAGAGCCAGUAAUUUAAAUAAUGCAUUCCACAACAUUGCCAAGUUAAUUGUAUACUGGUGUAAUAAAAAUGCUCUUAUUUUGACUGAUGUUGCAACAUGAUUUGUGUUGUCCUUUACAGUUGCUCAACUUUCUUCCAUAGUGCUCAUAAGUUCACGUUAGCAAUAUUAAAAUAUUCUGUGAAUACAAAAUACUGUAUCAAGAGAUUUGCUGACAAAUAGAACCAGAAGUGAAAGUUCCACAAAUAAUUACCACAGUUAACAAAUCCUCAUUUUUAUGGAUCAUGAACCAGACCCUUUAUAAGCUAAUUAUUAACUAUUUGCAGUUGCAAGCAACAGUAACAUUAAGAUUUCCUGUUCUAAAUAAAAUCGAUUCACUCAUGCCUCGUCCUGUACAUACGUAUUGAGCUGCACAAUGCAAACCUUUUUUUCUAUUUGCCUUUUGAAAUUAUAAUAGUUGUGGAUGUCUUGCUACAUUUUUUGACACCAAUGGGAUAAGUUAUUAAUACUUAAUGUAUAAAUGUUUCUAAAUGAAAUAUUUUUUAUGAAUCUGGAGACUCUGCAACAAAGUAAUAUACUACUGACAUCCAUAAAUAUCUCCUGUAGUGAUGCAUAAGGUACAGGUAUCAGAACUGAUUAGCAUGGGAGCUCAACAUAAAAGUCUAAUUAAAUUUGUCCUUAUUCCAGAUAACCUAUUCGCUGAUAUAGGCGAUAGGAACAAAGUAUUUUAUGAUGUUAAAACUCCAUUGGUUUCUAUAAUGCAUAUUGCUUUUUCAGUUUAAAGUUUCCCUUUCCUAAUAAUGCACCUUAAUUCUCCAUUACCCUAAUAAUCAGAAAUAAAUGAUAUAGGGCCAAUUCAAUGACAGUAUGAUACCUGUCUCUUGGCCACAAGAGGAAACAAAAAUAUGUAAAAAGUGCUCAUCUGAAAAGUGUAAAUAGUAAUCUUAUAACUUUUUACUUCAAGUCUGUGAUGUGCACCUGUAACUGCAAUAAUGUCACACAAAAUCAUACCAUUCUAAGAAAUGUUGUAUACUUCAUGAAUUUUAUGAGAACUAUUUUCAUAAAAAAGCUGUGUGCUGUUUGAGAUUUAAAUUUCUGGUUAUUGUAAAUAUAUACACAAAUUAAAAAAGUGAUAUCACAAUGUUCUUCUCCCUCCUCCCUGUUUAUCUCCUUACAGUGUGAAAUGGUUGAUGAGUUUUAGUUAGCCAGUAUUACAGCUUGACAUACCACCAGUGCAAUGCUGUUACCAAGAACAUGCCCUUUAACCAAAUGAAACUUGGAAAGAGAUUACACAUGGUUCCUUAAUUUUAGGUUUACAGGACAAUGGUAAAUAUAAUCAGGCUGAGACAAAUACCAGUAUUAAUUUUUGUGUAGAAAUGCCAGCAACUAAUAACAAUAAAAGAGUACAUGCCUUCAAAAUAUAAUGUAAGUUUAUUUGUUUUUAUCACACAUAGUACAACAUGUAAAUAUUGUAAAUUUCUUACUGGUAAUGCAUGAUAGCAAAUGUGACGAGGCGCCAAUUAAGUAAUUGUAAUUUUCUUUGUUUUUAAUUUUUAUGUGAUGUUGUUAUUAAAGAAUAAUAAAGAUAUUUAAAGAAUACUUGAAUAAUAAAUUUAUUGCUUACAACAGA